GUUAGGUUAUGUCAGCGUGUCGAUGCGACCAUCAUCAGCAUUAUUCGAUGACUCGCGUCGCGCAGCCAUCGUAAGGAUGUUUAACUUUUUAAGAACGCGUGCUGUCUCGAUGCAAAAUGCACGUAUCGUGUCAGCCCGACCGGUCACUCAAAGCCGGGCACGGCUAUGCUCAUUCUGCAACUUCCAUCAUCUGAGCCCACCCCGUGCAGUGAGAUGUACAGUGAUUCGACAUUAUGCAACAACUGAUACAGUAAAACUACGCGCUUCCUUACAAAAGAAAGUCAAACGUCGUUCAAAGAAAUACGCAGAGUUAUUGGAAGUAACAGACCAGACAACCAGCAACAGGAAAGCAGCAGUGAGCAGGUUGAAUUCUACCCAGAUGUCCAUCUUGGUUGAUCAGCCUAAUAUUACACUAGACCAACUGCACAAGAUCCCUAAUUUAUGUGUUAAAAAGAAGACAAUAACAACAGAAAACAAGGAUAUUAAUGAAAAGACUGAGCUUGACAAGGAUUUGAUUCAUAAAGAUGACAAAGUGGACGAUACACAUUAUGCCACAUUACCUAAAGAAUUUGAUGAGCAAUUUGAUGAUACGCCCUCAGUUAUGGAGAAUCUGAAAGAGUCCGGCAUAAGUGAUUACACUACGUUAAUUAAGGAUUCUUCCUUUCUGGAAACGCUACAGAAUGAUGAAAAUGGAGACAUAGAUAACAGUCAGAAUGAUACACUUCUGAAGACUCCAAAAUAUGAUAAAUCUUCAAAUUCAUAUGCUAUGAUCCCUUUCACAAAUGAACCAGAUCUGUUAGAGAAUCGUCUUUUCGGUCACAAUCUAAUUUCUCAAUUAUUAGCGCAUAUGGAUGUUUAUAUACAGAUUAAUAUGCCUCAUAAAGCCUUCAAGUUGCUCACGUCGAAUAAAAAUUAUUUUAAGAGAAACAAUGUUUCCCUCAUUCCGCUCUACAAUCUGCUCCUAAAGACCCAUAUUUCUAAUGCGCAUGUGGAAAAGGUAUUCGAGAUCUACAGAACAAUAAAAAUGGAAUGUGUACAACCGAACUUCGAGACGUAUAUUCUCAUGUUCGAGAUAAUCGGCAGGAUGAAAAACCAGGCGAAAAGAGCAGAAAGCGCGGCUGAAGUGAUGGCAGAUAUGAACUACAGUGGCAUCUCCUUUGAUGAAAUAAUAAACGCAUCGUCGAACGAAAUGCAACGCAAUGCCAUUCUUCAUUCUAUGAGAUCUUUGGAUCCUAAUUACAUCCGUGUACAGCCUCAAACCAAUAAUAUCUCAUAUAGCUGCAAUCUACUGAAGGAUUUGACGAUAAAUAAUACCUGGCAGAGCCCAGUGAAGGGAGUAGUGACCAAGGACGAAUUGCGAGAUAUGAUGCGUACGCAGAUCGACAUAGAGAAGCAAUGUACGAUGAAUAUAAAGAGUGUUGCAUUGUUUACUGGAGAUCCCGAAGUUAGACAGCAAGCUAUUAAACGAAUCAUGGAAUGGGAGAAGAUCUGGAAAUCGACUGUGACCGAGGCUUUCGAGAGAAAUCUGACUUACCUAAAGCAAAAGGAGACAAAGAUGAAAACCGAUUUGAAAAUCUUGUAUCCAUUUUUGCAAGUAUUACCUAAGGAAGAGUAUGUCAAGGCGAUAAUGAACGAAAUCAACCACCUGACAAAAUGCUCUGAGGGGUUCAGUCAUAGUAUGACGCAUUUUUAUCUAGCACUGGGAAUGUAUAUUUAUAAGAGGUACGAGUUUCAGCGAAAGAUGAAGGACGGUAUCAUAGACAAUUCCAUUCAAAUCUAUAAGAAGUAUUUGGAGUGGUAUAUAAAGAAGAAUCCUGCUGAUAGGAUCAGCAACGGGCGCAUCAAGUGGCAACAACUCGUCGAUGAGGCCGAAAAGUCUGGUAUGUGUUGCGAAAUGACGGUGCCAGAAUGGUCUCAUAACACUCUGAUAAACGUAGGCAAAUUUCUCUACAAUAUCAUCGUGAACGACGUGAAGAUCCCACACGUACCCAAGCCUGGCGCGCCCGAGCGACAGAUACCUGCGUUCUAUCUACUUUUCAGGCUCCACUCCAAUAAAUUCUUCAUGGAAGAGAUAAAGCCUCACCCUCAGCUACACAGACUUUACAAGGACUCGUACUCGGAGACACUGUCUUUCGAGACAAUUUUGUUACCGACGUUUUGUCCACCGCGUCCUUGGAUCGACGUAAACACUGGCGGUUAUUUGGUCUCCAAGGCGGCGUUUGUUCGCGACCCCUAUAUGAGACCAUCAUACUUGCUGAGAAAUACAUCGACAAGACAGUUAUAUCCAGCGUUCGACUGUUUGAAUCAACUCGGUUCGAUUCCGUGGAGAAUCAACGUGCCCAUGUUGGAUAUCUUGAUCCAGAUUUUCAGGGAUGGGGGCUCAAAAGAGCUGAAUGUACCUCAACCAUCCACAGUAGUUCCAUCUUCGGCGGAUGUCAUCGCAAGUGAAACGAAUAAAAGUCCUAAAGAGAUAUCGAGGCUGUUAUUUCAACUGAAGCGUACAAAAAACGAGAUGCACUCGUUAUGGUGCGACUGUCUCUACAAAUUAUCCCUUGCCAAUCACUUCAGGGACAAGGUAUUCUGGAUGCCGCACAAUCUGGACUUUAGAGGAAGGGCGUAUCCAGUGCCGCCUCAUCUGACUCAUCUCAGCUCAGACCUAGGUCGCUCUAUUCUCAUGUUCGCUCAGGGUAAGCCUUUGGGUCCCGAUGGUCUGGAUUGGCUGAAGAUUCAUGCGAUAAACAUGUCCGGUUUGAAGAAGAGAGAACCGAUGCACAAACGGUUAGAGUUCGCGAAUGAGAUAUUGGACCUGAUUGUGGACAGCGCGAGAAAUCCCCUGACUGGACAAAUGUGGUGGAGUAAGACCGAUGAACCAUGGCAAACUUUGGCGGCAUGCAAAGAGAUAGAUAACGCUCUUCAAUCCCCAAACGUCGAGAAAUACAUCUGUCGACUACCUAUUCAUCAAGACGGUAGCUGCAACGGCUUGCAGCAUUACGCUGCGCUUGGGAGGGAUCUAAUAGGAGCAAAGAGCGUGAACUUGUUUCCUUCUGACAGGCCACAAGACGUGUAUAGUGUCGUCGCUAGUAUGGUCGAUGAAUACAGGAAGAUUGACGCGGAAGCUGGCAAUAAAAUAGCCAUAGCCCUAGAAGGACAUGUCAGUAGGAAGGUCAUGAAACAGACUGUAAUGACUACAGUGUAUGGCGUGACAAAGUUUGGCGCCAGGCUACAGAUCGCCAGGCAGCUCAGCGAUUUGAAGGACUUUGAUCAGAAUUAUGUUUGGAGUGGCAGCAUGUACUUGGUUGAAAAGACAUUCAUGUCUCUCCAGAGCAUGUUUGAGAGCGCGAAGGAGAUACAGAAUUGGUUCACAGAUUGCGCCCGCGCUAUCACGAUCAGAUGCAACCAGUAUGUGCAGUGGAUGACACCGUUGGGUCUUCCGGUCAUACAACCCUACACCAAGCAUAAAAAAACAAAUAAUUUAAAAAUUAAAGUUUUCAAGAAGGUGGACACGAUGAAACAAAAAAAUGCCUUUGCGCCAAAUUUCAUCCACUCGUUGGACUCCUCCCACAUGAUGUUGACGAGCUUGUACUCCGAACAGGCGGGAAUCACAUUUAUGUCAGUGCACGAUUGUUUCUGGACGCAUGCAUGCACGGUGGAUAUUAUGAACAGAAUCUGCCGGGAGCAAUUCAUCGCGCUUCACAGUGAGCCCAUUCUCGAAGAUUUAUCCAAAUUCUUUUGUAAGAAAUAUGGAAAGUCCUUUGCGAGCAAUAAACAAGAUGUGAAGUUACGAGGCGAAGAUGUUUCACUAGUCUUCCAGAAAAUACCGAAGAAGGGUACCUUCGACAUCAACACAAUCAUGUCGUCUCGAUACUUUUUUAAUUGAAAUGUAACUGUAUUUAUUACAAGAAAACGUAUCAUUUAAAUGUGUACGAUUGUAAAGAUUGUAAACUACUGUAAAGUUUUAACAUAUGAAUUGGC